AUGGCACACCAUCUCCUAUCCCCCUUGGACGCCACGGCGAAACUCCCUGUACGCCAAAAGGAGUUCAAGUUUGAUUCCCUCUGCGUGAACGCCGACGACCGCCUCACCGACGGUAUGGCGAUCAAGUCAGAGGAGCGGCGCGGCUUCCGCCCACACACGAGGCUGCACCCCUCGAACGCAGGGCGUACGCGGGGCCGCACAGGCGGCGCCUUAGAGAUAGGCUUCAUGGAAUCCCCACCUUUCCGGAAUGAGGCGCUUGUCGAGGAAAAACCUUCUCACGUUGUCCGGCCUCGCGCACGUCAGCUGCGCGCGUCUGAGGGAAACGCAGAUCCCGUCUCUAUUCCCUGCGUCAAAGCGAAGGGCAGUGUAGCCCGUUCGCUCCACGCAACACCGACCGCGAACCCGUCAACACAGAGCCUGUGGGUGGAAGGCAGUUCUGUGCUCAACCAAGGCGCAGGGCUUGUCUCUGCGGCGGUCGCCCAUCGUUCUGACAGCGUUUCACCAGAGUCGCCGCCUCAAGGAGGUGUGGGAGGCGGUGUGUCUGGCGAAGACUCGCGCGCUGUGCGGCGUUGUGAAACUGUUCAUGCAGUUCUUCAUCGAUCGGGGACGUACGCAACUCCUACAAGUAUUGGCGAUAAAGUGGUCUCCGAUGCCUUGGCGGUGGCGCGCUGCUCCGUCAUAGCAAACGCACUUGCUGGCACGGGGCGGAACGUUGUGCGCACCUUUUGUUCACGACGAUUGUGUGCUGCGCGCGACCCUGUGUCGGGUCCUCGUCUACUCCCGAACAUCGCACGGCUGGAGAGUCCUAAAUUUGCGAUGACCUUCUUCUCGAGCGUGCCAGGCGGGACGGCGUCGUCGCUCGAUGACUCGUACGCCUCGCCGAGUCACAGCGUUAGCGAUUACCUGGAGGAGGCAGAAGUCAAUCGUAUCAAGCAGCUCUACUUUGACUAUUUUGACUGCGAACCUGUUAGUAUUAGCUCUGUGGGGACGUCAGGGAGCGACAUGUCGAUGUUGGCCUACGGUGCUACUGCAUCUCCACGGCCGUCCAGCUCCGUUUCAAGGGGCGACCGCCGUAGCUUCUCUCAGCGCGCUUCCAAUACAAUGUGA